UUCAUGAAUUCCGGCAACAUCCCUGCACGCUACUUGUGUCGCUGGGCCCAUCGGAGAAAGCGGAGGAUGGAGUCGGGGGGAGGCGGCGAGAGAGUGACGACCAAUGGGCUCAGCGGCGGCCAUUUUGCUACAGUCUGUCUGCACACAUGCAGUUGAGGGUGGCUGGGGGAUGUCAGAAGAAGUCCGGUGUGUGUGGGCGUGUGUGAUCGUCAUCUCCAACCAUUUGACUGCCAGGAUGAUAUGAGUGCAUGGAGGUCAUAAAGUCAAAGUACGGUAUUAAAUUGGCCAUGGAUGCGGCUCUCGAGAUGAUGGUGUCAUGUGAUCCGGAGCCAAGGACAUCUUUUAUAUAAUUGCAUAAAGUGGCAGUGCAGAAAAAUAGCAAUGUCAUUUAGAGAUUCAAAAAUGAGUAUAGUUCUAAUAACAACAAAGGUCAGGUUAAAGUUAUUUGUUGUAAAAGAUAAUAACAUUUUCAGUUUCUGGUAAAAAGGCUUUAAUGCUAUCAACAAUCUGUAAUGUGAUAGCUCGGGGCACACAAAAGGGAAGGCCCCUUUCCUUGGUGGAUGUGGUGUGAGGAGGGGGUGGGCAAUCAUUUUGCAAUGCAGACUGCCGAAAAUGGUGGAAAGCGACACUCUACACAGCAACUAACACUGUAAUUAAAGUUGAAAUUGCCCUACAAAACAGACUUUAAAGGGCAACAUUAUCACCAGACCUAUGUAAGCGUCAAUAUAUACCUUGAUGUUGCAGAAAAAAGACCAUAUGUUUUUUUAACCGAUUUACGAACUCUAAAAGGGUGAAUUUGGCGAUUGAAACGCCUUUCAAUUGUUCGCUGUCGGAGCAAUGACCUUUCACCCGUGAUGUCACAACAGGAAGUAAUCCGCCAUUUUCUCAAACACAUUACACACACCAAGUCAAAUUAGCUCUGUUAUUUUCCGUUUUUUUGACUGUUUUCCUGUACCUUGGAGACAUCAUGCCUCGUCGGUGUGUUGUCGGAGGGUGUAACAACACGAUCAGGGACGGAUUCAAGUUGACUUACGUGGAGUGUGCUAAUCAGACAUAUCAAUGGUCACGGCAUGCUAAUCGAUGCUAGCAUGCUAUUAAGGCUAGCUGUACGUACAUAUUGCAUCAUUAUGCCUCAUUUGUAGCUAUAUUUGCAUCCAGCCUUUCCCUCCACCCACAUUUAAUGCCAAACAAACACAUACCAAUCGAUGGAUUCAAGUUGCACCAGUGGUCAAAAGAUGCGAAAUUUCCUCGUUUGUUUGGCACACUUUACCGACGAUAGCGAUGCUACGACAGAGAAGGCACAGAGAUGUGUGGAUAUCCUGCGACACUCAAAGAAGAUGCAUUUCCAACGAUAAAGUCAACAAAAUCACAAAGUGCGCAACAGUUUAGCCGACUCAAAGGGGACGAGACAGGAAAUUGGACCGGUCCCGUUAAUUUCUCCGAUGACGGAUCUCUGAAGCCUGCCAGAAAUGGAAGGAAAAGAUGUUUCCGUCAGAAUUUUCAGCCAGAUUCACAGAUCUCCAUAAUAGUCACACCCUGCCUAGCCGAUAUUAAGAAGAAAAACAAACGCUCUCACAGGUAUUUGGGAAACUAUGGGGGCCCUUUCGAGUACAACUCCACAACAUGCAAAGAGCUCAGGCAGGAGAUUAUGGACGUCAAAGUCUUGACAAUAAGCAAUAAUCGGAAAAUACAUGGUCAUGGGUAUCCUUCUUCAUUCCACAAGUCUCUCUGCCUGUCUGCCAGGGUCAAAACCUCUGAUCUGUUUGAGAGAUGGCGGAACCUGCAGGUGUGUAAGUGGGAGCAGAGCAAGGAGGAGACCAGCAACUUCAAGAUGUCUCUAUCUCGCUGCUGUAACGCUCCUUCCUUCCUGUUCACCACCAAGAAGAACACUCCUGCAGGGACCAAACUGCGGUACGAGGUGGACACCAGUGGCAUCCUUCCAAUCACCACUGAGGUCUUUAAGAUGUUCCCAGAUGAUAUGCCAUAUUCCAAAUCCCAGUACAAGAAAUGUGCUGUGAUCGGAAAUGGCGGCAUCAUUAAGAACACUAACUGCGGAAAGGAAAUCGACUCAGCCGAUUUUGUGUUCAGAUGCAACAUACCGCCCAUCAGCGAAAAAUAUUCAGCUGAUGUCGGCACUAAAACGGAUCUGGUGACAGUAAAUCCCAGCAUUAUCACAGAGAGAUUCCAGAAGCUGGAGAAAUGGCGACGGCCCUUUUUCGACGUACUGCAGAACUACGAGAACUCCUCGGUGGUCCUUCCCGCGUUCUACAACCUGCGCAACACGGACAUGUCGUUCCGGGUCAAGUACAUGCUGGACGACUUUGACUCGCAGAGAGCCGCGUUCUUCUUCCACCCGCAGUACCUGCUCAACGUGCAGCGCUUCUGGGCGGUGCAGGGCGUGCGGGCCAAGCGGCUCAGCAGCGGCCUCAUGCUCGUCACCGCCGCCCUGGAGAUGUGCGAGGAAGUGCACCUCUACGGCUUCUGGGCCUUCCCCAUGAACCCGUUGGGCGUCUUCAUCACUCACCAUUACUACGACAACGUCAAGCCACGUCCGGGCUUCCACGCCAUGCCGCAUGAAAUCUUCAACUUCAUUCACAUGCACGCCCGCGGUAUCGUGCACGUGCACACCGGGCCUUGCACGUGAUCGCUCACUAGUCAUUUUUUGUAGCAGGUUUUCACAUAACUUGACCAAUCGCUUUACCUGACAUUUCUCGAUGUGACGUUCUUCAUUUCAACCGAUUCAGACCCUUCUUGUGGGCUCUCUGACCAGAGCAGGCUUGUUUUUAAUGUGCGACAACGUGGUCUUCCUAAUGGUGAUGUGUUCGUAGCGUUUUCUAGUGGCUUUGCUGUACAAAUUAGUUCUUUUUCUACUCGCUCUACGUGGUGAAACUGGAUAUCCGCCACUCUGCAGGCGUGGCAGCUUUCAAUGUUGAAGCCUGAAAUGUCAAAAAGCGCAUAAAAAUCCGCAAGCAAUUGUCUACUUUUGUAAUCUAUUUGAACAUUUUAAACGUAUAAAUUGGCCUAUUUCCAGUGGCCUUAUUCCUGUUUGGAAAUUCCCUCUCUGGUGUUUGUAGGCACGUGAAAAAAAAGGCAACAAUGGGAUUCCUUAAUCAUUUCUUUAUGUUUUUGUUUUGCCUGACAUGUCCUUCGCCAUGCUGCCUUAUGAUAUCCACUCCCUUGAUCUGAUAUGCAAUACUCAUUAAUAAUGGAAAAUUAAACAUACGUUUAGUUUUGGAGUCGCUUUAAGAAUCCACUCACAAC